GGGCUUCUCCUCACCAGCCGGACAGCCCACCCUCCAGCAGGGGAAGCGCUGCCUCCGCUAGCCGCUUCCAGGAAGCCCCGGGCCAGUCCCCAGCAUUGUUCGGGUCCCUCCGCCAGCACCCCAGCCUGCCCGAAACCAUGAAGUCCAGCGGCCCGGUGGAGCGGCUGCUCAGAGCCUUGGGGCGGAGGGACAGCAGCCGGGCCACCAGCAGGCCUAGAAAAGCUGAGCCACACAGCUUCCGGGAGAAGGGCUUCCGGAAGAGACCACCAGUCUGUGCAGUGUGUAAGGUGAUCAUCGAUGGAACGGGCGUCUCCUGCCGAGUCUGCAAGGUGGCUACACACAAAAAAUGUGAAGGAAAGGUGACUUCGUCCUGUCAGUCUGCACCUCCAGUGGAGCUGCGGAGAAACACGGCUCCAGUGCGGCGUAUCGAGCACCUGGGAUCCACCAAGUCUCUGAACCACGCCAAGCAGCGCAGUACCCUGCCCAGGAGCUUCAGCCUGGGCCCGCUGCUCAUGGAGCGGCGCUGGGACCUGGACCUCACCUACGUGACCGAGCGGAUCCUGGCCGCCGCCUUCCCCGCGCGGCCGGACGAGCAGCGGCACCGGGCCCACCUGCGCGAGCUGGCUCACGUGCUGCAGUCCAAGCACCGCGACAAGUACCUGCUUUUCAACCUUUCAGAGAAAAGACAUGACCUGACCCGGUUAAAUCCCAAGGUCCAAGACUUUGGCUGGCCAGAACUACAUGCACCUCCCCUUGACAAGCUGUGUUCCAUCUGCAAAGCCAUGGAGACAUGGCUCAGUGCUGACCCACAGCACGUCGUCGUGUUGUACUGCAAGGGGAGCAAAGGGAAGCUUGGUGUCAUCGUCUCUGCCUACAUGCACUACAGCGACAUCUCUGCAGGGGCCGACCAGGUGCUAGCCACACUCACCAUGCAGAAGUUCUGCGAGGACAAGGUGGCAGCUGAGUUGCAGCCUUCCCAGCGCCGCUAUGUCAACUACUUCAGUGGCCUGCUGUCUGGCUCCAUCAGGAUGAACAGCAGCCCUCUCUUCCUGCACCAUGUGUUUGUGCCCAUGUUGCCAGCCUAUGAGCCUGGCACAGGUUUCCAGCCUUUCCUAAAGAUCUACCAGUCCAUGCAGCUUGUCUACACAUCCGGAGUCUACCACAUUGCAGGCCCAGGUCCCCGGCAGCUUUGCAUCAGUCUGGAGCCAGCCCUCCUCCUCAAAGGGGACGUCAUGGUGACUUGCUACCACAAGGUUGGUCGGGGGACAGAGCGAAGCCUCGUGUUCCGAGUCCAGUUCCACACCUGCACCAUCCACAGCCCCCGGCUAACCUUCCCCAAGGACCAACUAGACAAGGCCUGCUCUGAUGAGAGGUUCCCCUUUCAUGCCUCAGCCGAAUUUGUCUUCUCCUCCAGCCCUGAGAAGACCAAAGACAGCACCCCACGGAACGACCCCUCUGUCUCUGUCGACUAUAACACGGCUGAUCCCACCGUGCGCUGGGACUCCUACGAGAACUUCAACCAACACCAUGAGGACAGUGGGGAUGGUUCCUUGACCCAUACUCGGGGCCCCCUGGAUGGCAGUCCUUAUGCCCAGGUGCAGCGGGCCCCCCGCCAGACCCUACCCGCACCCUCUCCAGAGCCCCCUGCAGCCCCCAUGCUCUCUGUCAGCAGCGACUCUGGCCACUCAUCUACACUGACCACAGAGCCGGCCACCGAGUCCCCGGGCCGGCCCCCGACGGCAGCGGAGCGGCAGGAGCUGGAGCGUCUCCUGGGUGGCUGUAGUGGAGCUGGUGGGGGCCGAGGGGCAGGACGCGAGACUGCCAUCCUGGAUGAUGAUGAGCAGCCCCCCACAAGCGGUGGCCCCCACCUUGGGAUGUGUACUGGCCCCAGAGCGGGCCUCAGCCGCCAAUACUCCUGCCGCCAGGACUACCGGGAGCCAUGCGGGGUCCCCAACGGAGGCUACUACCGGCCAGAGGGAACCUUGGAAAGACGACGCCUGGCCUACGGGGCCUAUGAGGGGCCCCUCCAGGGCUAUGCCGAGGCUGCUGUGGAGAAGAGACGUCUUUGUCGCUCGUUGUCCGAAGGGCCGUACCCCUACCCUCCUGACCUGGGAAAACCAGCCAAUGGUGACUUUGGAUACCGCGCCCCAGGCUACAGGGAGAUGGUGAUCCUGGAGGAACCAGGGCUGCCAGCGCUGUACCCCUGCCCCAGCUGUGAGGAGAAGCUGGCACUGCCCACAGCAGCCCUCUACGGUCUGCGGCUGGAAAGGGAGGCCGCGGAGGGCUGGGCAAGCGAGGCUGGCAAGCCUGUCUUGCACCCAGUGCGCCCAGGUCACCCUGUGCCCCUGUUGGUGCCAGCCUGCGGACAUCACCACGCCCCGCUGCCUGACUGCAGCUGCCUGAAGCUACCCAAGACCAGUGAGGAUGCUCACGAGGGCUGUGCCUUUGGUCUGUGUCCAGAAGGCAGAUUUGGGCACCCGGGGUACCCUGCCCUGGUGCCAUACGGCAGCUAUGGAGGAGCAGUGCCCAGCUACUGCCCGGCCUAUGGCCGCGUGCCUCACCGUUGUGGGUCUCCAGGCGAGGGCAGAGGCUACCCCAGCCCGGGGGCCCAUUCCCCACAUGCAGGCUCCAUAUCCCCGGGCAGCCCCCCCUACCAGCCAUCCAGGAAGCUGAGCUACGAGAUCCCUGGAGAGGAAGGAGGGGACAGGUAUCCCCUGCCUGGCCACCUGGCCCCAGCAGGACCCUUAGCAUCUAGAGAGUCGCCAGAGUCAGUGUCCUGGAGGGAGGCACCCAGUGGGGGCACCCUGCCCCGGCCUCCCCGAGAUACCCAGAGUGGCACUUCAGCAGAGCUCUCCGGCUCAUCCACACCCCUGCACACCAGCAGUCCAGUACAGGGCAAAGAGAGCACACGGCGGCAGGACACCAGGUCCCUCACUUUGGCAGCCCCUCAGAGACCGAAUCCUGGAGAGUCCUUGUCACCUGCAUCCCAGGGAGGUGCUGAGAAGGCCCCCGAGUUGCCAGCCAGGAGUGGGCUGGAACCACCAACCCCUCAACCCUGCUCCCCAGCCUCCCCUCCUAGGUCCCCCAAUGACUGGCCUCAGGAGCGGAGCCUGGGAAGGCACUCAGACAACGUCAGUCCCCGGGGCCCUGUGCCUACCACACUGCCUGGCCUCCGUCAUGCUCCCUGGCAAGGCCUUCGAGACCCCCCUGACAGCCCAGAUGGCUCUCCCCUAACCCCUGUGCCCACCCAGAUGCCCUGGCUUGUGGCCAGCCCAGAGCCACCCAGUUCUCCCACGCCUGCCUUCCCCCUGGCUGCAUCCUACGACAUCCAUGGCUCUAGUCAGCCCCCACUUCCAGAGAAACACCACCCCACAAUCCAGCUGCCAGGACCAGGCCAGCAGCAAGGACCCUGGGCUUCAGCACAGACAUCACCGCUGGGCCGAGGCUCCAGUCACCAUGUCACCUUCGCACCUCUAUUUUCCGAGAACACCCCUCAGCUCCCAGAACCCUCUAUGCAAGAAAGCCAGAGCAACGUCAAGUUUGUCCAGGAUACGUCCAAGUUCUGGUACAAGCCACACCUGUCACGUGACCAAGCCAUCGCCUUGCUGAAGGAAAAAGACCCGGGGGCCUUCCUGAUCAGGGACAGUCAUUCAUUCCAAGGAGCCUAUGGGCUGGCCCUCAAGGUGGCAACGCCCCCUCCCAGCGCCCAGCCCUGGAAAGGAGACCCCCUGGAACAGCUGGUCCGCCAUUUUCUCAUUGAGACUGGGCCCAAGGGGGUGAAGAUCAAGGGCUGUCCCAAUGAACCCUACUUUGGCAGCCUAUCGGCCCUUGUCUCCCAACACUCCAUCUCCCCACUCUCUCUGCCCUGCUGCCUGCGGAUUCCCAGCAAAGAUCCCCUGGAGGAGACACCAGAAGCCCCUGCACCCACCAACAUGAGCACAGCUGCAGACCUCCUGCGUCAAGGCGCCGCCUGUAGUGUGCUCUACCUGACCUCUGUGGAGACGGAGUCACUGACGGGCCCCCAAGCAGUAGCCCGAGCCAGCUCUGCAGCUCUGAGCUGCAGCCCCCGCCCGACACCCGCCGUUGUCCACUUCAAGGUCUCUGCCCAAGGCAUUACACUGACAGACAACCAAAGGAAGCUCUUCUUUCGCCGUCACUAUGCCGUGAACAGCGUCACCUUCUCUAGCACAGACCCUCAGGACCGAAGAUGGACCAAUCCUGACGGGACCACCUCCAAGAUCUUUGGUUUUGUGGCCAAGAAGCUGGAAAGUCCCUGGGAGAACGUGUGUCACCUCUUUGCAGAGCUCGACCCAGAUCAGCCUGCAGGCGCCAUUGUCACCUUCAUCACCAAAGUGCUUCUGGGUCAGAGAAAAUGAAGAAUGAUCACAAGCUCAGAGCCCACCACACUGCAGCCCUCCCAGCACCUCACAGUCCUCACUUCCCCUGGCCUGAACCCUGGUCCUCCCCUAAGAGGGAGUAAGCCUCAGCCAGGGCCCUGCGCCCGCCCCGCCCCACCUCCUGCGCUAAGUGGACGAGCCUAGGAGAGGACCCUGCAUGUGAGCAGAUGGCAGAGACGGGGCAGAAGGGUGAAGAGGCCUCCACAGUUGAGCCCUGGACAGACGGGAGGGGACAGCUGCACCUGCAGGACAUCAGCCCCCUGAGGGUGAACAGGCCCAGCCAGCACCACCCAGCAGCAGGUCCUAGACAGCAGGGAUAGAGGGAAGGUGUGGGGGACAAGGCCGCCUCCUCUGCCUCCCCACUGAGCAGAGAGACCAGAGUGGAACCACAUGAAAAGGGGGGGGAAGAGUCUAUUUUUGUCUAAUAAUAAAGAAUUCUAUAACUUUUA